CUUGGAUUCAACCUUUUUCAUCUAGGCUAUUAUCACAUGAAAUUCUCUAAUAGUCCCAAUAUACUACAACUCUGGAAAGUGUCAGGCAUGCUGAAAUUGACUAAGGGGCACGCUAAACUUGGUUCUCAAGCUACCAUGCCUUUUUCCUCUCAGUUUCCGUAUGGAAUUUGGCAUCAGAUUUGCAGGCCCAUAUAAUAUUGAUGAAGUUAAUUUGUAGUAUAUUAUUUUCUUCCACACACAUGAUAAGUAUCCCUUCACUCUAAACGUCGUGAUCAUGCUCAAAUUGACUGAUUGAGGCAUGUUCAACUUGGCUACAGAGCUACUGACUCUGUUUCCUCGCAGUUUCUGAAGUUAGCAUCUAUAACGUUGAUGAAGUUGACUGAUAUAUUCUUCCUCAUACAUGUUAAAUACCCAUUUCACUUCACUUGUAAGCACCUAAGCAGAGUGUGAAGUUUGAAGUAUGGUGCCAAGCAUGGAGGAGCCCCUCGUUGGGAGCAACACUGAGAACACACAAGGGCCAGGAGACAGCCUUGUGCUGAUUGAGGUCAAGAAGCAGCUUUACCUUGCUGGUCCUCUCAUCGCCGGAAGCCUCCUGCAGAACAUCGUCCAGAUGAUAUCUGUCAUGUUUGUCGGUCAUCUCGGCGAGCUUGCUCUAUCCAGUGCCUCCAUCGCCACAUCCUUUGCUGGUGUCACCGGCUUCAGCUUGCUGGUAGGCAUGUCGAGCAGCUUGGACACACUGUGUGGGCAAGCCUUUGGAGCAAAGCAGUACCAUCUUCUUGGUAUGUACAAGCAGAGGGCAGUCCUCGUGCUCACUCUGGUGAGUGUUGUGGUUGCUGUAAUCUGGGCAUACACCUGCCAGAUCCUUCUAUUCUUCCGCCUGGACCCAGAAAUUGCCAUGGGAGCAGGGAGCUACAUCCGGUGGUUGACUCCAGCAUUGUUUGUGUACGGACCGCUUCAGUGCCAUGUCCGGUUCCUGCAGACUCAAAACAUUGUCCUCCCUGUGAUGCUGAGUGCAGGUGUCAUGGCGCUGAGCCAUGUCCUGGUGUGCUGGUUGCUAGUUUACAAGCUUGACCUAGGCAACAAUGGGUUAUCAACGGAGGCAUUCCGCGACAUCCUUAGUUUCAUGAGGCUUGCCGUUCCAUCUGCUCUGAUGGUUUGCUUGGAGUGGUGGUCAUUCGACCUCAUAGUACUUCUUUCUGGAUUUCUCCCAAAUCCUAAGCUUGAGGCAUCAGUAUUGUCCGUCAGUUUAAAUACAGUUGUAUUAGUAUCCAGGAUUCCCUCUGGGCUUGGUGCAGCUAUAAGCACCCGUGUGUCAAAUGAGCUUGGUGCUGGGAGACCGCAUGCUGCCCAUCUAGCUACCCAUGUGAUCAUGGCCCUCAGUAUCAUGUCAGGCGUAUCAGUUGGUCUUCUUAUGAUUUUAGUGCGCAAUUUAUGGGGGUAUGCAUACAGCAAAGAGGAGGAAGUGGUGCAGUACAUUGCCAAAAUUAUGCCCAUUCUUGCCGUGACAUUCUUGUUUGAUGACCUGCAGUCUGUUCUUUCAGGUAUUGUUAGGGGCUGUGGCUUCCAAAAAAUUGGCGCUUUCGUCAAUCUCAGUGCAUACUAUCUUGUCGGCAUUCCGGCAGCUCUAUGUUUUGCCUUUCUCUACCACUUUGGUGGAAUGGGACUGUGGCUCGGAAUAAUCUGCGGGCUUGUUGUGCAGAUGUUAUUGCUCUUGUUCAUUACCUUUUCCACCAACUGGGACAAAGAAGCUUUGAAGGCGAAGAACGGAGUUUUCGGUUCAUCCCUACCUGCGGAUUUGAUGACUUGAGACACACAGGUUGCAGAGUUUUCUGGAAAAUUUGCCGACGAAGACAUGAAGAAUUGGGCUCUAAGAAAACUGCUUCGUUUCGCUCCACCAGCACGACACUUUCUUCAACGAAACGUCUGCAAAUGAUCUCAGGAUGUGGCAUGGCACUUCAUAAGGGAAUAAAUGUUUUUUUACUAUAGAA